UGUGAUCGUGUUUUACCCAAAGCGACUGCUAAAUGACAUUCACCCUGAGGACCAGACAUGGCAGACGUCAGUCCAGUUGAGAAGGCUCAGCUACACAUUCCGAGCCUGCAGGAACUCUGUACUGUUUUGCAAGCGGGACUGGAAAGUAACUUUGCUGAAGCACAGGUCAAUGUUGUGGAGUGUCCCGAUCUCACACAAAAACCAUUCUGCUUCCCUGUCCCGGGUUUAUGUGGUAGUCCUCGGAUCACUGAUGUUGGUGGUGUACCGUACCUGGUCCCUGUGGUUCAGAAGCACAAGGAAUACAACAUGAACACCGUAUCUAAGGAACUGGAGCUGCCUGGAGCUUUCAUCCUCGGCGCUGGGGCCGUCUCUUCCAGGGCUGUUGGAAUGAAUGCAGAGCUUAUACCUUUGGUUCUCACAGAGACAGAGAAAAGGGCUGAGGUAAACAGCAGCUACGUGGCCUCCAUCAAUCCAGCCGAUGGCCAGUGUCUGCAGGAAAAAUACAGUGACAAGUUCUCCGACUGUAACUUUGGACUGCUGGCUAAUCUAUAUGCAUGUGAGGGGAAACCUGGAAAGGUCUUAGAGGUGCGAGCCAAGAGGAGAACAGGAGAACACAGUCUUGUGACAGCCCUGAGGAAGUCCCUUGAGGGCCACUACCCUGAUAAAAGUCUGGCUCUGGGUGGAACAUUCAUUAUCCAGAAAGGGAAAGCUAAAAUACACAUCAUGCCGAGAGAGUUUGCAGUCUGCCCCCUCAACACCAAUGAUGAAAUCAACAGUUGGCUCAAACACUUUGAGGUCACCAGCCCACUGAUCUGCCAAUCAGUGCUCGUUUCCAAAGAUCCGGGUUUGGACCUGCGUGUGGAGCACACCCACUGCUUCAGCCCCCACGGGGAAGGCGGGCACUACUACAUAGAUACAACCCCUGACACUGUAGAG